AUGAUGAUGGGUAAACUCUGUCAGAGUCGGGGGUUACGGAUAGACAUUUCGUUCAGGGCGGGCGGCCGGGCGAUGCUGUGCCCGCAGAACUCUUUUCGUCCGUGGCUGCAUGAGCAUGAGAACCAAGAGAGUUCCCCCCCCCCCCCCCCCCUCAUCUAUCUCUUCUCUUCACCCGUGUCGGCCGUCUCAGAUACUUUGACGGCCCGGCCAACAACACCGAGCAGCCCUGUCCAGAUCCCAAGGACGACCAGCCGCGAUUCUUACUUCGAUACCGCCCACCCCGUGCGACGCCAUAACAUCCCUCGCCGCAAGAUUCCGAGCCAUGUUCGCACGCCGGAGUCUCUGUCACCGUCGGUGGCUGCUCUACUGGCCGUCACCGACAUCCCACGGCCUCGACGGACGCAGCGGAAAUCCCGGGGACCUGACAAGUUGCUCACAGCCGAUGCCAUCAUUGCCGAUGAGAGGUCUCUUUCCGAGAAGGAGUUCAGCUGGUCGCUGAGCCGUGGAAGCCCCAUGGAAGUGCUGAUGUCGCCUCCUGACAGCUUGGACGAGGAGUUCAUGGGUAGUGACUGCGGUAGCGUCUCCAUGUCCAGGACACUCUCUGUCGAUUCCAUGCCAUCUCUCGGCAAUUCAUUUGGCACCGAAUGCAUCUCUUCCGUUGACACCCCUCGAAGCUCGAGCCCUCAACCUCUUCACCGGAGAAGGGCCAGCCCCAUCCGUAGCUGUUUGGGGCCCAUCCGCUCUCCCCCCGAUAGUAUCAUCGACCAUCCGCUCUCUCCUGAGCCACACGACGAAGAUGGACACGAUUCGCUGGGUCUUCAGAGCACUGGGAGCGAUGCGACUACUUCCUACCAGUUUAUACCGUUCAAGCCCCUCCGGGCUGUCUUUAAGUCCAAUCUUACGGCAUCACUACGAGCACUGCGAUCGGCAGCCAAGUCCUUUUCGAACCUCAACUUUCCUACUAUUCCGCCCGACGACCUCAUCACCCGCUCCAUUCUUACCAUGGACCCCAAGGUGCCUUACGCUGACGAGCGCCGACCACCCGUGACGGAGGAAAUUCCAUCCGCCGAGCUCCGCCGCUACCUGAACCCAACGACGAGGCUGUCGCGUGAGACGCAGUCUCGACCUCUGCAGCAGCCCGGCACUUUUGCCGCAUCCAUCCAAAUGCAAACCUACAAGAUUCAGCGCACCCGACCCACAGACGCCGCGGCGCGCAAUGCGUAUCCAUCCACCUCACCGCUGUCUCCAUCGUCUCCCGCGGGCCAACCUGCACCGACGCCGACCCAGGAUUCAAUGCCGCCUCUGCCUGCGAUGCGCCAGCGCGAGAUGCGAGAGAACCCGGACUUCAUUCGCAUUGCCGUCAUGGAGAUGCUCAUGCGCAGGCGGGGCAAGCUGGACAAUAGCAAGCCUGGACGUGCGCGCUGGGCACUGCCACCCAGGAAGACAUCGACUAAACCCUACGCGAUCGGACCCGAUGGUGUUCCAGAGCGAUGGGUCCCUCUACCGGCUGCUGCUUAG